AUGGCGGACCCCACCGAUCUGAAUCUCGACGCGCCUAGCGAUCUUCAAGACAUCCCGGAUAUGUCAAUGCAGCUUGUGCCUCCGCCGGAAGGGACAUACCCAGACAAAACAUCGCUUCUUGCCUCUGUGCAAGCGCAUGCAAAAGCCCAUGGAUAUAACGUGGUGGUUAAAUCGUCUAGUACACCAACUGAAAAGAAGCCGGGGCGUACAGCCAAAGUGUGGUUGCGGUGUGACCGAGGCGGGCACUACCGGCCGCGCAAUGGCCUUACUGAAGAGACGAGGAAACGGCGGCGCACGUCCCGUCUGAUGGACUGUCCGUUUAUGCUGGUUGCAGCUGGAACUCCUGGCAUUUGGACGCUGACAGUCUUGAACGGCACACACAAUCAUGGUCCGAUUGUUGAGAAGCCACGACAAGUUCCUCAUCACAAAGUUCGAAAAGGCCAGAUCGCUGCGGUUCCUUAUGACUGGCCGCACGAUGCAACGCUCACGCCGUAUACAACUGCACUGGUUAUCAUUGAUAUGCAAAAAGACUUUUGUGCGCCAGGUGGAUAUAUGGAGUUUCAAGGCUAUGACAUAUCACCUGCACGAGAACUGAUACCAAAGUUACAGCAGCUACUGAACACAUUUAGGUCAGCCGGGUUUCCAGUGUAUCAUACCCGCGAAGGCCACCGACCUGAUCUGUCAACACUUUCAAGCCGAGAAACAUAUCGAUCACAGAAUAAUUCAUCCGGACUUGGAAUUGGCUCGCCCGGACCAUUAGGUCGUCUUCUGAUUCGUGGUGAACUGGGCCAUGACACCGUUGACGAACUGUAUCCUCUCCCCGGCGAACCGGUAAUUGACAAACCCGGCCGUGGUGCCUUUGCGUACACGGACUUUGAGCUUCUCCUCCGAAACAAAGGUAUCAAGAACCUUGUCCUCGCGGGCGUGACGACGGACGUAUGCGUGUCCACGACGAUGCGCGAGGCCAAUGACCGGGGAUUCGAUUGUGUUAUCCUUGAAGAUGGUACUGCAGCCAGUGAGCCGGCCCUUCACGUAAGCACGAUAGAAUCGGUGAAAAUGGAGGGUGGAAUCUUCGGUGCAGUUGCCAAGCUGGAGGAUGUAAUGCACGCGGUGGAAAACUUCAAGGCCGUCACUGUGAAGAAGCUGGCUCCUCAGAUGACGUCUAAUUAG